UGCUGGGUUUUUACUCGCUGAUUCAUCGAGCAUGUGCGAGCGAGUUGCCGCAGUUGCAUUAGUGUUGCAGACGUUGCAGCACCUCAGUGUAACGGCUGCGCAGGCUGCUUAGUACAACCUGUGGGAGGCCGAGCGCUGGACAUGUGUUCACCUGCCUGCAUCUCGUAGUCGUGGAGACGCACUGCUGCGUCCAGUCGGGCAUCACUUUCGAGCUUGGGCUGCAGCCGUUGUUUCGUCGUGUGUGUUUCACUAGCCGAUGACAUGGAACCUGAGUCCACAGGGGUCGGCGGCAUGGCAAGUGCAAUCCAAUCCCUGGAUUCUACGCGGCUGCUGCUCAUGGCCGAAAAUUUACUUGGCAAGCUCAAAUCUCGGGGCGUGGACCUACAAGCGCCCUGCAGCGACACCCUCGGCAAAACCAAGUGCUGGCUAAGGUGGCACCUGCCCGCUUUGAAUGAUGUUCUCUGGAAAGUCUUCAUGCAGGUCGUGGAACAUGCACCCGGUGUGUUCACGCUGAGCAGCUUUCGAGGCGCCGAUGUGGACACGGUACGAACGGACGCCUCUUUGCUGGACGGCGCUCUCCUCGUGUAUCGGCUGCUCGAGAACCACGGGUGCAUCAAGCGCCUUGUCCUGGGCGUCACGGCGGUUCCGCUCUGGCACUUUCCUUCACUGCUCGGCCGCGCGCUGGAAGCCAGCCGAGGUCUUGUUGAGGUUGCGGGACACCCUGUCGACAAGACCGUACCAUGGCGUGAAACGUGCCAGUGUAGGGUUUUGGCUCGUGCAUUGGGCAAGCUGUCGCCUGGGUUCAACUGCUUAGACGUCACGUCACUGAAACUUGACCACGUAGCAGCCGAGUACAUCGCCGACGGAAUUACGAAGAGCAACCUGCGGCGCCUGCACCUGUGCAACGAAAUGUCACCCAGUGUGACACGGAAACUGUUAUCUGCCGUCAGCUCCUGCCAGAGCCUCACGUCUCUCGAGUUCAGCGGUUUCGGGGAGUUCUCGCGGUCCAGUGCAGUCGCGCUCGCAGCCGCCUUGAAGCGCAACAGAACGCUACGGAGACUGCUUGUGAAAUUCAUGGAGGGUGACGCCGUCGGCAUUAUUCUGGCGUCUAUGAAGCACAACAAGACACUCCAGGAACUGUCGCUCGACUAUCCGAUGGACAUUUCGCGUUCUACAUUGUGGGACGGCCUUCAAGCGCUUCGCGCGAACAGGGUGCUCAAACGCUUCGAGCUUACCCACGCCUACUUUCCAAGCAGCUGCGCGAUGGUCAUAGCUGAAGUUAUGAGGGACAACAAUGCGCUUGAAGAGCUUUCGCUUUCUGGGAACCGGUUCGGCGACCUUGGAGCGCUAGCAUUAGCUAAGACCCUUGAGGAAAGUUCGUCUUUAAGGCGUCUCGACAUCUCCAAGUGCCGAUUAACCGUCGGUGUCGUGUCAAGAUUUGUAGAAGCGGUUUCUCAAAACAGCGCAAUUGAGUGUGUACGCCUCGGCCACGUCGACAUUCCUGAAGAGUGGACACCGACCUUGCCUCUUACAGAGGAUGUGUUCUCUCGCUUGCAGGUUUCGUGGAACUCCCGAGCACUUGAGCGAUGGGCUGCGUGUUUGCGACAUGAAGACCACCGCUCCACUCGACAGUCCCUUUGCUGGACCAAAGCAGCGAACUGCUCACACAUUCUGCAGUCGUUUUCCGCACCGCGUGUCAGUAGUGCGUCUCUCGUGGAACUGGUCAUCGAGUGUCCCCGCUCAGUGGGUGCAGACUGCACCGAAGCUGUCGUCUCUUUCCUGGAGACCACACGUUCCCUCAAGAAACUCAUCGUGCGUCCGUUCCAGUGUGACUACGUCUUUUCAACUGCGGUUAUUGAGGGUCUCGCGCGUAAUAAGACUGUCUGCGAGGCCGAGUUCCACCAGACGCUUCGCGCCCAUCUGGACAUCAAGGCUGUCGAAGCUCUGCUGCUCGCCAACAGAACCUUACACCGUCUCAAAUUCAGGGACGAGUCUCUCCCCAGCAAGGCACCUAUUUUGCUGGCACGUGCUUUGGAGGACAACUUCGUGUUCCUGACGCUGGAAUUUGAUCACCACUACACGCGAAAUGACAUGUACCCUGUAGUGAGCGCAUUGAACAGGAACAGGUCACUUCUAAACAGAGCAGUCGAAUCUGUCCUGGACGCUGCUAGGGAUGAGCAGUCGGCACGAGCCCUUCGCCUUCUCUCGGCCACCGAAUCGCUUCUCGAUGCAGUCACUAACGUUUCGGGCAAGUCGCGCGAGGAGUGCCGGUGUUUGGAACUGCGUCUCUCCUGGAACGAGAUCGGCGAUCCCGGAGCUGCCGCGUUAGCUGACGCCCUGCAGCGCAACGACUGCCUCAAGCUGCUCCACCUCUACAGGUGCCCGCUGACGGCUGAUGCUGUGUCCGGCUUCGUGGUGUGCCUCGCGCAGAACGCCAAGCUAGAAUGCGUGCGUCCCGGGAGCGUUCAAGUUCCUGAGCAGUGGAUACCGCCCGUGCCUCUCACGGCGAACCUGUGCGCGCGACUGCAGGUGGCCUGGAACACGCGUGGUCUUCAAGAGUGGUCCGCAUCUCUACGGCAAGCGGGCAGCAGCUUUCCCGAGCUCCGUGUUGCCUGGACUGACGAAGUCAGCCCGCAUGCCGUAAUCGACUUCUUUUCCGCGGAUUCCGUGAGCUUCGGCUCGCUUACGGAACUUGUAGUCUCCUCCUCGCGUACCAGUGGGACAGAGUGUGCCGACGGGAUCGCGUCCCUCUUAAGGACCACGUCGCAUCUCAAGAAACUUUCCGUGUGCCUCUGGGGUCAAUCCGCGGCAGAGAUCGUGCGUGCUCUCGCCGAGAACGAAACCGUCGGCGAGGCGGAAUUUCGUUUCACGAACGUAGCCCACAAGGUCGCCAAGGAACUUAAGUUUAAAGGGGCGGGCGGAGGAAGGCUGUCGCCAAUAGCCGGCAGACCAAAAUCGGCAGACCAAAAUCGGUGUCGUGUGGGCCUAGUGGGACGAGCCUUAACGGGCUCGCCCGCAACGGGUCUGUUCCGAGGGCGAAUCAAGUUCCGCCAGGCCUUUCGGAUCGACAACCACGUCAGGGUUCUUGAGACACUGCCGAGGGCCAACCGAGCUUCGCACCGUCUCAUAUUCGACGAAGACUGCAUGAACAGCAAGGGACCCCCAAAGCUGGCUGGCGCUUUGGCGGACAAUUUCGUCUCCCUGUCAUUCUAA